GUGAAAUCGCUUAAAAAUUAAAACUAAGGAUAAUUGGAAAUAUGAGUUCACUUUUUAAAAUAAUAUAAAUAUUAAGAUAUCACCAUCGUGCUUAAUGGCAAGUAAGUUUAGCGUAUUUAAGGAAAGUUAGCUGUUUCAGAUAUAUUUUCUUGCUUGAUCUUGGUGUAUGUAGUUCGUUUUCGGCACUUCUUUAUCAUGAGAACUGUACAAUUGUAUUUCAUUUUAGCUUUCUACAUUUUUACUGAUUUACUUACAGUUUCAACCGCUCCGGUUCCAGAUGUUGAAGAUGAUGUAGAUAGUGUUUGGAUUGAUGAAGAUGAAGUUAAAAACGAUGACAGUCCGCUGAUUUUAGUCCGCGAACGUCUGCAGCCCGACGACGCUGCAGAAUUAGAUGCAGUUAUAGAAGAGGCCCAAGACGCAAAGUCAGCAGCAGAGGAAGCCAAAGACGAAGCCUCAGAAGCUAAGGAUGCCGCUGAUUUAGCUAACGAAGAAGACAAAUCAAUAGAAGAUGACUGUUCCGAAGAUGUGGUUAUCGAUCCUGACUGUGAAGACGGAUAUGGAACUGAAACAAAGAAGAAAGAAUUAGAAUACGAUGAUUAUUUAAAUUCAAGGAAUGUAAUAUCUAAAUCUAGAAAACGAAGAAGUGCUAAUAAAAAUACUGAUAGUCAUACAACAGCAACCAAUCAGCAAUCAAAAACCAUUGUGUUUGAUCCUCUUUUUGAAGAUGAUUUUGAUUUUUCAAGUUUCUUCAGUGAAUUACUUUCAAAUGAAGAUUUCAUGGAUUGGGAUUGGGAAGAAAGUAUUAUACCCAAUCCCAAAGGUCAAUAUUUCGAAGAAAAUAGUUUUCAACCCAAAGAAGAUAUACCAGAUACGGAAAUAGAACUUAAUACUAAGCUUAAGGAUACAGAUAACGAGAAUUUAGAAGUCGAAGAUCCAAAAAUCCAAGAUGACAUAAAACAGGACAAUAUGAAAGAUAUAAUAAAUAUUGACUAUAACGUGAUGUUAGAUUAUAAAGAUGAAAGUACUCGUAACAUAAAAAAUUAUGGUGAAAUCCAGUCCUCUAAAAUAAACCUUAGUAAUAAAGAUGAGAAAGAAAACGAACAAUCAGUAAAUAAAUCUGAUGAUAUAUUCUUAGAUAGAGAAACAGAUAAGGUCGAUAUGGAAAGUACUAUAGAUGAAACCGAAGCACAAGAAGUAUCAGAAACGGCUAUGGAUAAGAAACCACAAAGUGAGAGUAAAAAUAUACAAAGUACUGAUGAUCAUAAAGACGAAAAUGAAGAAGAAAAUAGGCAAUUAGUAAAACAUUCUGAUGAUAAUAUAUUGUUAGGUAGAGAAACACAAAUAGUCGAAAUAAAAAGUAAUCUAGAUGAAAGCGAAACGCAAAAUAAUAAAGUGUUAGAGUCGUCUAUGGAUAGUAAAUCACAAAACGAGAAUGAAAAAUUACCAAGUAUUAACAACAAUAACAAUAAAGCUAGUGAAAAUAAACAAAAAAAAUCAAACAAACUACACUCAUCUAUUAUCGACUGUAUAAAUGAUAAAUUUUGCGAUUUACUAAAAUGCAUUUGCAAUUAUUGCAAAUGUGUUUCAACUAUUGUUGAUAAACUAGUUGGAACCCGUACGUUUCAAACAGUAGUCCAACCAUGUCAUAAUGAUAUAUUCAAUUUAUUUAACAGAUUAUUCUAAAAUUGUUAUUAAUGAUUA